AUGGCUUGGAGUUACAACAAACCUGAAUUCAGAGAAAACUUGAGGAAGAUAGAACUCUUUGACAAUGCUGUCUAUGCUGAUUUGAUGAGAACAAAGCCGAAGACUUGGUGUAGGGCAUUUUACAAGCUUGGACCAUAUUGUGAAGAUGUUGAAAACAAUUCCGUAGAAUCGUUUAACAAUUCUAUAGGUAAAGCUAGAGAUAAAGCUUUAGUGUCGAUGCUAGAGACCAUUGCCAAACUAGCAAUGGUUCGUAUAGCCAAGAGAAGUGCCAAAGCUAUUAACCACCAAGGGAUUUGUACUCCAUAUGUGAGUAAGUACCUAGCUGAGUUGCUUGAGGAUGCUUCGAAAUGCAUUGUCCAACCCUCUACCAACAUGCAAUAUUAUUUAAGACUUCACGGGUGUGCUUAUCGAGUUGACUUGACGGCGAGGACCUGUAGCUGCAGAAGAUGGCAAAUCACUGGGAUCCCCUGUGAACAUGCAUACGGUGUGAUGAUCAAGAAGGGUAUUGAAGCUCAGCAUUACGUUUGCCAUUGGUUUAGGACUGAGAUGUGGAGAGAUACUUACACAGAUGGUGUUAUUCCAGUUAGAGGUGCUCGUUUUUGGCCUGUUGGAGAAGAACCGUCCAUUGUUCAACCUGUGGUGCCAGAUAUGCCUGGUCGGAAUAAGGCUUCUCAAGGUGAAUCAUCAUCUCAGCCUGAAUGUUCACAACAAGUACUUACUCAGCUUGGGGAAUGA